AUGUUGGGAACAAAAUUGUGCCCCUCUGGUGGCAUCAUUAACGUCGCAGAUGAUUGCGUUAGAGGAUACUGGACUGCAAUUCUACCAGCGACGGUUGUCGUGUUCAACCUUGUGCGAAGCACAGUGAGACGACUACCCGCCAAAGCUCAACCACUACAUUCAACAUUAACCAACUUUUUACCUCUUGACGAAGCUGUAUUGCUCAUAAAAUCGAGCGAAAAGACAGACGACACCAAGCCCAUUGCAGAUCCCGUACCGGAAGAUGCCGCAGUUGCCGAAGACAGUACCGACGAGGAUGAAGGGCCUGUAGAAAUAGAUGAAGGUGCAGCGAGUGAAGAAUACGACUUUUUACAUGCGAAGAGAACGUCCAAAUGGAAGAGGUGGUUCCUCGCCGUACCUGCCAUGGUCGAAUUGGCCUUCUGGAUUAU